CUUGCUAAUUGAUAUCCAAGCUUGAUGAAAUUGUGAUGUGCCUCACGUGCGUUCAGCAAGCCAUUUAACUAUUGUGUCUAUGACGUUUAUCUCAAGUCGCCUUUCUCUCACAAAGCGAGCUUCAGCCAAAGCGUAAACGAACGCAGUGGUUGCCAGGUGUCACUUACUUGUGUUUACCACAAACACAGCCUCUUUACUCUCCUGAUCGAUGCACAUACGGUAGGUGAGAAGCCGAGCAGUGUAUUGUAAGCGAUCUACGACGACUAUGGCUGCUCUGAGUGAAGUCAGCUCGUUGUCUGCAAGGAACAAGGCUCUGCUGGCUCACCCGAGAGUCGAGGAAGUGAUCAGGAGGUUGGAGGCGGCUUGUAUUCGCGUUCAAACUGAUGACGCGAUCCCUGUGAUGUCCCGGGACUCUGCAAGCUCUCAGCACAUUCCACAACGUAUUCGUGAGAUAGUUGAUGAAUGUCUCAACGGGCCUACUGUGAGUAUCACUCAUCUACGUGAUCUACCCAAUGGUCACGGGAAAAGUUUAGCAAGAGAUGGUAUUGAUGGAAUGUCAGAUGUAUCUCCCAGUACUGUCCUUGAAGAUGAGAAUGCACUGUUGCAAAAAGAAGUGCGGCGAUUGGAGUCAUUGCUGAAGAAAUCUAGAGCUGACAGAGAAGACUUGGGAGAAAAGUACAUCUCAGUCUCUGAGCGACUGGAACGAGCUCUUAGAUAUGAGCAAGACAAAAGCAGCAUUGACAUGGAGCACCAAGCAUUACUUGAGCAGAGCAGUAGACUGAAACGACAGCUGACAGAGCAGCAGGAAGAAUACAAAGUUGAGAUUAAAGGAUAUCAAGACUCUCAAGAGAAACAAGCAAUCCUUGUACAGAAAUUGCAAUCCAAAUUGCUGCAAUAUAAACAGAAGUGUGGAGAGCUGGAAGAUAAAGUUGUUCUGGAAGAGAAGAAUGGCUCUGAAAAACAGUCCGAGUUGGAGAGAACCGUUGCAACACUCCAGGGUCAGCUGUCAGCUGCUAGUCAGAAAAUGGUUCAACUGAGAGACUCUCAUACUGAAGAACUUCAUGCGGCUCUUAGUAAAGUUGAUGAAGAAAAGAAGAAGACAACUGAGGCUAGAGCAGCGUUUGCAAGGCUUCAGCAGCAGAUGCAAGAGAUGAAGGAACAGAAUCAACGGCUCACGAUGGACAUACACAAACUGACAACAGAUUGGACACAUGCCAGAGAAAUGUUGGAACACAAAGACAGGGAAUGUGAUGAAAAGCUGAAGACUCAAGUACAAAUUAUGACCAGUACAUUCAAGACACAGUUGUCUAGUUUGCUGCCGAUGCUGUCAACAUUAAAGACUCAACAGCUGAUUCUUAAGACGGAUGUUGAAAGGGAUGUUGGUAAUUUGAGUGUUUUGGUUGCCAAUGCACUGAAGGAACUUCUAGAACGUUUCCAGCAGGAACAGCAUCAUUAUGAAGAACAAGUAUUCAAGUGGCAGAGCAAAAGUAAUCGGCAAGGAGAAGAUCUCAGACAGGCACACGAGGAAAUCAAUGGACUGAAACUUUCUAGUGAACAAAACUUUGCUGAUUGCCAAAAAAGAACAAUGGAGAUGACACAGAAGCUUGAUGAUGUGAACAGAGAAAAGCUGUCACUGCAGCAGCUCCUGGAUGGUAGAGAAGACCUAAUCAGAUUGCUGAAUGAGAAGAUAGCAUCACUGGAGGUACAGAACUCUGAAUUGACUGAACAGAAAACUGAUGGCCAAGUUCGACUCGAGUCUGUUGAAACUGCUAAUGUAUUACUGCAGGAUGCAUUAAAGCAAGUUGCUAGCUUGGUCCAGUCGCAGUCUGCUCCUAAAGACAAAACAGCUGAGCCAGUUGCAUCACUACCUCUUGUCUUGUCUUCAGAUCGUGUUUCUCCUGUUGGCUUGUGUCAGCCCUCACCAGGUCACACACAGUCACUUGGAUCAUCACCUAAAUCUGUAGGGAAAACAAAGAGAACUUUGGUUUUUACAUCAACAAGAAUUCCCGUUCGACCUGAUUCUGCGAUGCAUCUUCAAGGCUUAUUUUCCCCAAAUCCAAGAGUUGGUCACAGUCCCAAACAAGAUGUAAUACAUAAAUCAUCAUCUGAAGGCUCUUUAACUGUAUCCUCAUCGUCGAGUUCUACUGAUGUGCAAAGUCAGCUGGCCACAGGUCAUAGUAUUGAUGAUCAUCAAAUGCAAUCUAUUGCUAUGCCAAGUAGUGCAAGUGACAGUGGGGUGGAGAGUUUAGUUAUGGAGACAAUGGAGACAGUGAAGCAGUGUGUGGAGUGCUCUGCAACUGAAAAAGAGAAGUUGCAGAUGCUUGCAAGCAGACUUGAGGCUGACUGCCAGGAGAAAGAUCGACAAGUAGAAUCACUGGAAGGAGAAGGAACUGCUCUUGCUAAAGCAAUUGCUGUACUGAAGACCGAUCUGGAAACAAGCAAUCAAACAAUAGCAGAUGUUACACAUGCCAAAGAUCAGUGCAGAGAAGAGAUGGAAAGAAGUCAGAAUGAGAACGAUAGCCUGAAGAGGCAGCUGUCCGAUAGCGAAGCUUGCUGUCUGGACAUACAGAAUCGUUUAGAAAAAUUGAAAAAUGAAGUAGAGCAAUUGUCUGAAGUGAAUCAAGGCUUACUCCAGACUCGAAAUGAUCUUGAAGUCACCAAUCAAGAACUGACUGAUGAGCUGGUGUCAGUGAAGGAGAAGGUAGAAGAAAGUCAAGAAAAAGUUGCUGAAGGAGAGGAGGCUAUGAAAGAGCUAGAGAGUGAAAUGAGUCAUCUCAAGAGACAAAUAAAUGAUCUUCAAAAAACCGGUGACGAUCUUCAGAAUGAGAUGACAGUUCUGAGAACUGAAAGAAGUGAACUGCAGUCUAACCUGGCAGUUGUUGAACAAACCAAAGAUGAUGUUGAGAGGAGGCUAACUCGCAGCAAAGAGUCUUACAAGUCACUGAAGGAUGAGAACACGAAAUUGAUUGGACAAGCAGCUGCUCUAGACGACAAGGUGGCUCACCUUGAGUCUCGAUUGAGAGAUGUGACUGUAGAGAAAGAUAGUGCUAGUACUCGCGCUACUCGCUUAUCACAGUCAGCCCAGAAGUUGAGUACUGACGUGGAUGACCUACAGCAUCAAGUAGCUCGAUAUGAGACGAGUGUCCAGCAACUUAAUGAUCAACUGGCUGUUGUCAACAAAAACAAAAUAGAGUUGUCUUCUCAAUUGACACACAGCCAACAUCAUGUUAGACAACUGGAGCAGUCACUGUCCUCUGCUAGAACACAACUGACCACAGUACAACAAACAGUGAAGCAACUUGCAGACGAAAAGGCGCACUUGGAUGUUGAAAAGAUGGGAAUGGAAAGAAGGUUGGCGUCUAUGAAGGAUGAAAAUACCUCUUUGGAAAUUGCAUUGGAUACAGCAAGAAGGAACGUACGGGAAGCAACGGAAAGGGUGUCAGACAUGAAAAUUCGCUUGGAGCGAGAAGUGACCAAGGUAGCAGUCGAGUCUGAGGCAAAGAAGCAGCUUGAACUGGAUCUGAGUCAAGUUCAGACACAGCUGAACGGUACGCUGUCUGAGAAAGAGGACGAAGUAAUAAGAUUACUAACAGAGAAGACUGCAUUGGAGAAUAGGCUGGAAGAGCUCAAUAACGAGAGGGAUAGUCUGAUAAGUGCCAGUCAAGAAGAGAGAGAUGCUCUGGUCGAGCAAUUUAAGAGAGAGGAUGAACGCAAGAGACUUGAAGCGGAAAGAAUGCGAGAAGAGACGGUGCUGAACGUAUCUCGAGAACGUCGAAUGGAAGUAGGCAAAUUGGAAAACGAGAAAGCCGCUUUGGUUGAACAGUUGAGGAAGUUACAACGCGACAAAGAAGCAGGAGAGUUAAAAAUGUCUACCAUGCAUAGUAUGACUGACUAUGCUGCUCUUAAAGAACAACAGGAGUCACUGGAGCAGCGAGUCUUCGAGUUGGAAUCAGAACUGCAAGACAGCAAGAUGAAGACUCGAUCAACCAAACAAACUCUCACUGAAAAGGAAGCAGAAGUCGAUAGAAUAAUAGCCGAGUUGCGUAUCGUCAGGUCAUCAGCUGAAAACUCUAGGUGUGCGCUAGAGGAGAGCAAGAAGUUAGCUAGUGAGCUGGAGUCUUCUCGUCAAAAGCACGUUGAGGAGUUGAAGGAGCUGAAAAGUCAAUUGAGAUCAGUUGAACAAGAGAAAGAAGAAUCUGUUCGAGAAACGGAAAGAGUGAGGCAACGUUUGAAAGAUCUGGAAGAGAGAAAGAAAUCUCUGCAGCAGGAGAGAGGGCAGCUGUUGGAAAAUAUUUCCGAGCUGGAGAAGUCAAGUGGAGGACAGCAGUUUGAAGUAGAUAAUCUCAAACUAAAACUUUCACAAGACGAAAGUGAACUGAUGACGCUGGGAAUGCAAUUACAGAACGCAAGACACAAACUAGGAGCAGCCGAAGAGAGUCACUUGAAGGCCCAACAGGAAAACGUUCAGUUACGAAUGAGUCAGCAAGAAUGCGAGGAGCAGUACUUAGAACUGCGUCGCCAGUCAGAAUCUCUUUCACUAAAAGCGGCUCAACUGAAAGAGGCCGUCGCUGGCAAAGAGUCGGAAGUUAGGGAGCUCACGCGCAGACUUGAAGCAGAGAUGAGAUCCAAGUGUGAAGCACAGUCUCAAUUGAUCGAAUGCCAGCGUAAGCUCCAAUUGGAGAUAAGCUCGAGUGAGGAGCAACGGGUCCGGGUGACCGCACUUGAAGCGCAGGUGGAUAUCAUUACGGGGUCUGCUCUGCGCGCUCCGUCGUCUCCCAGCAGUAAACUCCAACAGGCUCUCGAGGAGUCUCGACAACAGCUGCGAGCUAUAGAACAGAUCAAAGCGAGUCUCGAGACGCGGGUUCACGUCCUGGACGCAGAGAAUGCCAGUUUGUCUUCUCAACUACUAGUUGUCAAGGAGGAUAGGAAACGGCUGCAACGGGACCUCCACGGUUUGAUAUCAGCGGUCGAAUCGCCGCGUGGUGCACGUGGAGAUGAGUCUGUCUUGGAAUCGGGAUUUCAUUCGGGGUUGCAUUCUUCUCCGAGAGUUAAACCACACACGGCAGUUCGUCUUUUCCAGGAUUCUCCUUACGGCCGGGAUACUGUCGUCGAGCAGUCGAGACCUGAGCUCAUGUCGUCUCCGUUGCCUGUCUCUUCCUCUAAAGUGAAGCAAAUUGAGGGAAAUUUAGUGUCUUUGAAAAACAUUCUAAAAAACAAAGAACGAGAACUGGCAAGUGUUCGGUCAGAGAGCUUAGACAAGGAUACGAAGAUUUGGGAACUGGAGACGCUCGUUAGCAAGACCAAAUCUCGGUUGGAUGGCUUAGGAGCACUUCUAGGUCAUUUUUCAUUGUCUGGUCAAAGUCCCGGAGAUAAACUGUCUAGUCUGGAAGGUGCUCUUUACAAGCAGAACGAGAACAAUUUAAAAUUGGAACGAGAAGCGAGUACAUUGAGAGCUGACCUUGCACGCCUUCGUUUGAAGCUGCAGUCCGUUGAAUCGGAGCUUGAAUCUAUGAGAGAGCAGAAUCAUCUACUGAGAGAAUCGCGUGAUGCUUUGUUAGAAGGCGAAGUUGCUAGGAAGCGAGCUGGAACGUACGCUAAAGAAAAAGAACAAGAAGCGGAAAAGAUACGACAAAAGCUCAGUGCAACGAGAAGAGACCUGCUCCACUCUCAAAAACAAGAAGAAGCAAACGCUAGCGAAAUUAUGCGUUUGACUACUGACCUGAAGCAAAUCCAGGAUACAUUUAGUAGACAGCAAAGACACGCAGCCGAAGUUUCCAAAGAACUCCCAAUAUUGUCUGAGCAGAAGAUAAGAUUAGAAGCAGAGAUCAUUACCAGCAAGGCAACUGUCGCUAGAUUAGAAAGAGAAAUGGCGGAGUUGAAACAGCAGCUUGCAUUUGCCCACGACAGUCAACAGAACACGAGGUCCCACAAGUUGUCUCUUGAGCAAAAGAGCAGAGAGUUAGAGUCUGCCGUAUUGGUACAGAGAGGUUUGAUUGCUGAACUCGAAGCGAAGUUGAGUGCAACCAAAAGAGAACUAGAGAGCAAUGUGCAACGUGCAUCAGCAUUGGAAAUGCAGCUACGGAAUUGUGCUGGUGAGCGGGAUGCGUUGUGUAAACGAGUGGAAAUACUGAAGAGAACGCAAAAGGAGAGCGAAACUCAGAUAUCCUCCUUACAGCUUCGCCUGUCGGACCUUCAAAAGUUACUGAAUCACACAGAGACUGCUCAGAUUAGAGCAACUGGAGAUUUGAAGGAGUCAGAAGAAGUGAGGAGACAAACCAGAGAAGAGUUGAAGUCGGUCAGGUUUCAGUUGGAGACGGUCAAACGAGAAUACGAAAAAGUGCAAACAGAGCUAUCUAGGUGCGUCAAAGAGAGCGCAAACAUGAAGAGCGAACUUGAACAAGAACGUGCUCGCUAUAUGAAAUUACUUCAAGGCUCUAAUGACCAGUCUCAGAUGUCUCAGUCACUAGCUCGAGAUCUAGAGAAUGACAAGGAUUCGUUGAAAAGGAAACUGAUGAUUCAAGAAGCGGAGAACAGAGAGUUAGAAUCGCGACUACUUCAGGCCCGGGAGGCUUUGAGACUUGAAACAGAGGAGCUAACUCAAAGGGUGUCAAGAAUGGAAGUGGCUCACGAGAGUGAAUUGCAGAGGAUGUACGAUGUGCAACGCAGAAGCGAAAGCGAAACCGUUGACCGGUUGAGGCAGAGAAUCAGAGAAUUAGAGGCAAAGGUUACCAAGUUACAGACAGAACUCGCUGAUCGCGCUCGUAAGAAGCAACGAUACAUAGCCAAAACAGCAGAGAAAGAUCGAGAAAUUCGAAAGCUUCAGGGACUGCUAGGCGACUCUUUCCGGAAUGUGGCCGGGUCGUCCUUCCUUGAUCCGGAUGUUUUGCAAAGGGAGACGAGCCGCCUCAACCAAUCUGGCAUGUCAGUCGGCAGCGAAGCAUCACGUCACUCUAUGCUGUCUCCUGUAUAUAGCAGCACACCAAGAGGCACGAGAAGGAAAUGAACAUUGUUGAGUGAAGAUUUAGGGUAAAGAGGUAAUUAAAUCAGAAAUUUUAAUUGAACGUAUCUAUCCGUGUGUGAACGUUGCAAGCAAGAUAUUUGCAUGCUUGUUGUAGUAUUGUAAUUUGUAGCCACUAGACAAGACUGGUAAACAGUAUUCGUAAUAGCUCGUAUGAUAGUUUCGCAGCGGCAACCACUACUAGUAGUAGUAGGGACUUUAUUCUUCUCUCUGUAUGUCACAAAUGUCUCCAACUGAGAAAACUGGAAGCAGUA